CUCCUCUCUCUCCAAACCCAUCUUAAACGCAGAGAGUGAAGAGAGUUUUCAGAAGCCAAGAAACAGCUUCCCUCUCUCGCUUCCGUGGGAAACAGGACUCUUUCUACGGCGGCGUCGAGAUACAGCUGACCAAACUCCUCUUUCUCUUCGAUUCUUUGUGCAACCGUCAUAUCAAUGGCUCGCUCGCUCUCGAACGCCAAGCUUUUCUCGGCCGCCCUCGUCGACGGCAUCUCCGCUUCCAUCGCCAGACGAGGGUACGCGGCAGCAUCUCAAGGAGUUGCUUCGAGCUUCGCGAAAACAGGGGCGACCAGGAGCACCGUGAUGUCGAAGCAAACAGGGGAGGAGAAGGCUAGAUCCACCGAGAGGGUAUCGUGGGUGCCCGACCCGAAGACCGGGUACUACAGGCCCGAGAACCGCGCCGAGGAGAUCGACGUGGCUGAGCUGCGCGCGAUGCUCUUGAAGAACAAGAACUGAACCCACCUAACGAUAACUGAUCUUAAUCGAUCUCCAUGAUUCGAUCGCGAUUGUGGCGAGGCUCGUCCCGCGAUACUGAUUCGAUUGGUUUGUAACGGGAAUCUGCAUCCCCUCUCCACUUUCUUAGGAAAUUGUUAGUAAUCUAUUGCCUCGAACGAGAGAUUAUUAUGAACUGCUUUGUUUUAAGGCAAGCACAGCAUUAAAGAUUGAGCUUUCUUGA